ACCCCGCCCUUCCUGCUGCCUUUUCCUUUUUUUGGUGUUCCCUCACAAAGGUUGAAGAGCCGUUUCCUUCGCCGCCGCCUUUUGCCGUCGCUGCUCUUGCCUCCGACCCGGGAAAAAGGGAAGCGAAGCGCGUCGUAUGUCCGCUAUCCAGAACCUCCACUCCUUCGACCCCUUUGCUGAUGCAAGUAAGGGUGAUGACUUACUUCCUGCUGGGACUGAGGACUACAUCCAUAUAAGGAUCCAGCAGAGAAACGGCAGAAAAACCCUCACCACAGUCCAGGGCAUUGCCGAUGAUUACGAUAAAAAGAAACUGGUGAAGGCCUUCAAAAAGAAAUUUGCUUGCAAUGGUACUGUGAUUGAGCACCCAGAGUAUGGAGAGGUGAUUCAGCUUCAAGGGGAUCAGCGGAAGAACAUUUGUCAGUUCCUUAUUGAGAUCGGACUGGCUAAAGACGACCAGCUGAAAGUCCAUGGGUUUUAAGUACCUGUGGUUUGCCAAAGUCUCAAGGGAGAAGACAUCCUUACGAUGAGAAAUUCCUUGGGUGCCCCACAUCACUAGUUUAAAAACAAGCCAGCUUGCAUAAUGUAAUCACAUCAGGUUCCCUUUAGUCUGGACUAGUGUAACUCAGCAAUGUAAUAAACUGACAAGAGCCCAAGUUGUGUCGUCUUGCUGUCCCUCAUUUAAACCAGACCCCAUUGUGAUGGUAUCAAGCCAAUAGUUUUUUCUACACAAGACAUUUCUGGUAAAAGGCCAUGGAUGUUCUGGCUGUGUUGGGGACUGUCUAAAAAAAUGAGACCACUUUCUGUGUUCUAGAAAUUGAGGCUAAUAACUAGAGGUGCCUGUCCUGGAUGAACUGUGACACUUAAGUGGCAUAAUGAACGGCUUGGGUCUGAAUUUCUUUUGUAUAUCUGAACGAAUCUUCCUUCAAAGGUAUUAGGGGAUGUGGAAACCAAAGUUCCCUUAUCCAGGCGCAUCAGUAAUAGGCUCAAUGCGUGGCUUAAAGUUAAUGGAGCAGUUUUAAAAUAGGAUGUCAUUGUGGAGUGCUGCUUUAGCAGAUAAUGACCCUGUGAAGCAACAGAUUUUUUGGCUUGAGUCCUGAUGUUCUGUGAAAUGUAUUUAAACACUUAUUUAAAUAAAAGUGAUUUUCAGAAA